CUCUAGAACCCUCUUAGUCUUCCCUGGGCUGGGCUGGAUAAAUUCAGGGUUUUAGGGAUCAAUCGGAGAAGAAGAGCUGACGAGCAAGAGAAAAAUGCUUCGGCGCAGAGCCCUAACCCUAGCUUCUCUGCAUCGCAGCACGAAGCCCUCCUUUUCACAUUCUACGGCUCCAAACUGUAACCCUACGAGACUCUUCUCAUCUUCCUUGUUACAGUCGCGGAACCAGAACCGGCUUGAUAUCAGAUGUUUGUUUGUCUGUCGCAACGGCUCGUCGCCUUCGAGCUCAAUUUCGACUGGCGCUUUGAUGUAUCGGUUAACUGGUGCAAGGUUCAUGGCUACACGGGCUAUGAACGAUUCGAGUAACAGGCCACCCAAGGAGACCAUACUCCUGGACGGCUGCGACUUCGAGCACUGGCUCGUUGUGGUCGAGCCGCCGGAUCCCAAUCUUACUCGUGAUGAGAUCAUAGAUAGUUACAUCAAAACCUUGGCUCAGGUUGUUGGCAGCGAAGAGGAGGCUCGGAUGAAGAUAUACUCGGUUUCGACGAAGCACUACUUUGCCUUUGGUUGCCUUGUUCCCGAGGAGCUUUCCUACAAGAUUAAAGAGCUGCCACAUGUUCGAUGGGUUCUUCCAGAUUCUUAUUUGGAUGUUAAGAACAAGGAUUAUGGAGGUGAGCCUUUUAUUAAUGGUCAAGCCGUUCCCUACGACCCUAAGUAUCACGCAUUGUGGGUCAAGAAUCAUGAGGAGUCUAUGAGAAAGAACAACAGAAGGGAUAGAACAAGAGAUGUUGACAGACGAAGGAACAUUCAGAGAACAGAGGGUAUGAGUAUGCAACGUGCUCCAAAUCCACCUACUACACCAACACAAAACACCAGUUCCCUGGCUUCAACUGUUGGAAACCAGAAUUUGAUGUCAAAACCAAGUUAUCAAAAUCAGGAACGUCCACUACCAAAUUUCUCAAAUCAAAAUGUGCAACGUCAGCUUCAAAUGCAGAACCCCGAUGGCCCGAGAACAAGGAUGCCACCUCCAAUGCAGAACCACCCCGAUGGCCAGAGAAUGGGAAUGCCGCCUCAAAUGCAGGUUUUGGAUGGUCAGAGAAUGGGAAUGCUGCCGCAAAUGCAGAAUCCUGAUGGCCAUAGAAUGGGGAUGCCACCGCAAAUGCAGAAUCCCGAUGGCCAGAGAAUGGGGAUGCCACCGCAAAUGCAGAAUCCCGAUGGCCAGAGAAUGGGGAUGGCGACACAAAUGCAGAAUCCCAACGGCCAGAGAAUGGGGAUGCCACCGCAAAUGCAGAAUCCCGAUGGCCAGAGAAUGGGGAUGGCGACACAAAUGCAGAAUCCCAACGGCCAGAGAAUGGGGAUGGUGACACAAAUGCAGAAUCCCGAUGGCCAGAGAAUGGGGAUGGCGACACAAAUGCAAAAUCCCGAUGGCCAGAGAACGGGGAUGGCGACACAAAUGCAGAAUCCGGAUGGCCAGAGAAUGGGGAUGCCACCUCAAGUGGUAAAUAAUGAUUUUCAGAAUAGGAAUAUGUCACCUCAGAUGCCAAAUCCGGACGUCCAGAAUAUUCAUGCACCACAAAGCAUGCAGCAUCCAAAUAUCAGAAAUAUGGAUGUAGUUCCUCCUGCAAGCAAUGGUAACAUUCUGAAUAGGAACCCGCGUUUACCAGCUCAGAAUUGGAAUCAUCAGAGUAGAACCAUGCAAUAUCCUGUGCAAAAUAGUAAUUUCGAGGCUCCAGACACACCACCAUCCAUUCAAAACCAGAACUUCUACAAUAGGGGUACUCAACCUCCAGUGGAAAAUCAUGGUAUGAGAGAACCAAACGGAAUACAGUAUCAUGAUGCUCCGUACAGAAAUAUGCAGAAUGUGCAACCGGGAGAUUAUGGAAAUAUGAGAGCCAUGCCGAAUGGAUCCGAUUACACAAGCAUGGGAAAUGAGCAGAGCAGGUAUUACCAAGGUGGAAAUUUGCAGAGUAAUGUCAACAACGGGAAUGCUCAAAAUACCAACUAUGAUGGGUGGAGCAGUUCAAAUGGUAUGGAUAUGGGGAGCUCACCCAGCAGCAGGGGUUACCAGUCUCAUGAAGAGUAUGGGGCAGUGGCAAAUGGAAACCAUUAGACAGUGGAGACAAUUAUUUGCUAUUCUUUAUUCAGUAGUUUUAUUUACUUUUGAAGGUCUUACUAGUGUCUGCUACUACCAUUUACGCCAAUGAAUACAUAUCUUAGACUUGGUCUUUGCCUAUGAUGGGCUUUGGGGCGGCCAGUUACUUUUGUUUUA